AUGGGCGUUUUAAUACCCAGCACCCGGAGACGGUACUUUUAUGGGCUGCGAUGUUUACUGGGCGGUGAUCCUUGCGCGCGUCACUUUGACGGUUACUCUAGUCCGGGCGUGUUAGCUGGUUACACGCCGUCGAGCCUCUGUUGCACCACUGCACGCGCUGAUAUUUCUAAGAAGGGGCGCGUUUUCUUGGUAAACGUGGCCGUGGUUGUGAGUUGGUCGGACAAAAUUGAUCCAUGCGCAGGCUGUGUUUGCCACUUGGUGAAACAACGUCAGGUCGAAGCGGAGAACGCGGCGUCUGUUUUACCCACGGCAGGAUCGGUUCGCUCUCUGGACCAACUGCAGGGCACCCUCGGUGGUGAGCAGGCCGGAUUGUCGGUGGCCUUGGGCAAGCUGAUUGGUGGAGGCGUCAUGGAAGGUGGACCCGCGCAUGGCAUAGCGCCUCAGCUCGCUCCUCCUCCACCGCCGCCGCCGCCACCUCCAUCGAAGCAUCAGCCGAAACGGUCUGUCAACGCUCAACCGACACCCGUCUCACGACCAAGUCCUGGUGCUACUAAGCCAACGUGA